AUGACCAGUUCCAGUGAAGGCGAGAUCCUGCAAAACAAUCAAAUCAUCCGGGAACGAUGGAAAAUUGUGAGUUUAAAGUGAAAAUGUUAAUACCACAUAUUUUAAAAAUCUGUAUGCUCUUUCUUAGAGAUCAAAGAAACGUUUGCUGUUUGUAUAGGCCAUAAAAUCAAAUUUGAAUUUUUCAGAAAUGCAAGCUCGGCGGUGGAGGAUUCGGCGAGAUCUACGAAGCCCUUGACAUGCAGAAUCACAACGAAAGGGUCGCUGUGAAAGUUGAGUCAGCCAAAGCGACGAAACAAGUGCUCAAAAUGGAGGUCGCGGUCCUCCGGAGGUUACAAGGUACGGCCUUUCAUUUAUUUUGAUAAUUCAUUUUUUAACAGUUCAAAACGUUGUGGAUUUUAUGACAUAACUUUCAGGGAAGAAGCACGCCUGUAAGUUCUACGGUUGUGGUCGAAAUGAGCGGUAUAACUACUUGGUCAUGUCAUUGCAAGGCAAAAACUUGGCUGAUCUUCGACGAGAAUCGCCGAAACAAUGCUUCUCCGUGUCCACAGCUCUUCGAUUGGCCUCGCAGAUUUUGGUCUCCAUCAAAGAGAUUCACUCAAUCGGGUUUUUACAUCGAGACGUCAAGCCGGUGAGUUUAAUAUACUGAUAUUCCAAAGACUACUAUUAAUAGUGAAUGUGUACUAAAAAUAAAUUUUUUAGUCCAAUUUCGCGAUGGGCCGGACCAGCUCCACAAUGAGGGUGGUCUACAUGCUCGACUUUGGUCUAGCCCGCCUGUUUCUAAACAACCGCGGAGAAAUUCGCUCGCCACGGACAGCUGCCGGAUUCCGCGGUACUGUCCGUUACGCCGCCGUCUCUGCUCAUAAAAAUAAAGAAAUGGGAAGACAGGACGAUCUCUGGUCAUUGUUCUACAUGCUGGUGGAGUUCCUUCAAGGAGCCUUGCCUUGGCGUCGAAUUAAAGACAAGGAUGAGGUUGGUCGGAUGAAAGAUGAGGCAGAUCCCGAGAAGCUUCUUGAAGGCUGUCCUGUAGAACUUCUCGCCAUUCCCAAGCAUCUAAAAACCCUGGGCUACCCCGACGAACCAAAUUACAGUAUGCUUGAGAGUGUGUUGUGGUCUUGUAUGGCAAGGCUGGGCGUUAACAUGGACGAUCCGUAUGACUGGGAGAUUGGAUAUGAAAACAUCUCGGGACGAAGCAAAACAACGUCCAGUACCACCAAUAAUGGCAAUGCUUCGACGAGAAUGCGGUCACAUACAACCGCCGUCAGAGAUGUUCAACGGGAUGAGAAGAAUCGCGCCAUGGACACACAAGCGCCGAUCACAAUGGGAGAGGACGAGGAUGAGCAGACAGGAAACUACAAUUACAAAUUCCCAGCAUUAGGCAGCAUGAAGAGCUCGCAGCAUGAGGCAGAUGGCCACGAGAGACCAAAAUAUAAACGACAAGAGUUCAUGCGACCGAAAUAUGGAGCAGUUAGUUUUGAUGUAAUUGACGCUGUGAAUGCCCGAUUAGCGGCUGCAUCUUCUGCCGGCGAAGUCGAACCCAAAAACGGAGCUCCAGUCCAUUUGAUGAACAGAUUGAGAAUCGAAACCUCCGUUGAGAAUGAUCCAAAAUGCUACAAUCCAGUCCAUGAAAAGGUAGAGCUUACGAUUGGACAGCCACCGCCAAGAGAGAACAAAGAAAGUGUCAACAAUAAUAAUGGAGAGGAGAAAAAGGUGGAACAGAAAUCGGUAAAAUCGCAGAAGAGUCUGACAUUGUCGAUCGGGAAGCGAUAUCAGAACGGAAAACGGAAUGUGACGCCCUCAAAUACGACGAACGCUAUGGCCGAGGAUGACGCGGCAGGAGGGAAAGACUUGUCGCAGAAUAAAGGGCAGACUAUUGUGUCUAAAUGGCAGGGUGAGUUUUUCUAUUGGGAUCCUAUUGCUUCUUUAGCAAGUAAUUUUAUCAUGGUAUAGCAAGCAAACAAAGAGAUUUUAUAAACUUAAAAUAUAACUCCCGUUUGCAGACUCCUUUGACGAUUCCGUUGACGAAGAGAACGGCCUAGAACGCUCGAUUGACCGUGAUGGCGCCCGUUCUCCCGGUCCACCUCGCUAUGUCCGUAACAAGCACAUUGUCUCGGUUCAAGCUCAACAACCGCCCCUCCAACCCAACGGAAUCACCAAUUCCACCACCAUGAAUGGUGACCUUGCUGGCUAUCUUUCUCCGCGCUCCGGGCGUCGCCUAAUCACGUCGUCCAAAUCCACAGCCCCACUGCUCAACGUCUCCGCCACGAUUCAAGCGUGCGCGCCCAAGAGUCAGAAUACAGUAGCGCCGAGCGAAACGAAAAAGGAAAAAAACGGUCAGAAAGAAUCCUCACCAGGUAGUGGUGGUGGUGGUGGUGGGCUUAUGUCGCAUCUCAAGGGCCUAGUUAAUGUGAGUAGUUGAGUGUGCACUUCCCCUCGUUUUUUCCUCGGAUUGGGUUCUCUGGGUAUUCGCUAACACACGGUUUGAGGUACGGAUUUGACUUUUAAUCUUUGUUUUGGCGACUAACUUGUAUAGCAUGGGCGAUUUAAUGCUUCAAUAGGAAUUUGACUGCCAGCACAAGCAAAAAUUAUAAAUUAGCAAUCAAUAACACCCCAAACAUUCAGCUACAUAACAUAUUGCUUACUUGUCCUGCCUUUAGGUACAUUUCGUUCUUGCUUUAUUUCGUUCCCUUGCUUAUUAUCUUUGUGCACCUGCAAUGACCUCUACAAUUCUAUUCCUCUAAAAUUUCAGUCGUUCAACACGGCAAGCAGCAACGCGCUUGGGCACGUGCGAAAGCGUUCGCUUUCUCGUGGCAUAAGUCUUGACGAGAGCCGGCAACGCCAACAACAGCCACCAUUGCAGACGUUGCAGACGACCACGCCCAAUUCGACGGCUACCACGCCGACCAGUGGGCUGGGAAGCGCGUCAAGCACUAGCUCGCACAAUGGUAGGUAAAAUACGAACAGCAUUAUAGAUUUUUUUAUCAUUUUGUCCUGUUCUAUAAAAUUUGAAAGUAAGUUAAUUGUAAAUAAAUCAUUUUAGGACCUCACUCACCUUCUUCAUCACGUCGAUUGACCAUCGAAGAAGAGGAGAGAGAGAUGAGAAGACGUCGGAGACUCAGAAGACGCAGCGAUUGUCAAGGAAUGAUCCCGGGUGCCAGAAGGACGGAUGGAGUAAGUUUUUAUACAAAAUUAAUUUUUUUGUUUACAAUGAGUAUACAUAUAUUAAUGAUAUUAAUUAAUCGUUUAUUUCCAGAGUGUAAGUCCGGCCAGAACUCUGCAUCCAAGUGUGAUUUACUCGGCAAGUCCUGGAGAUGGGUAUGGGCGCCUCUGUAAUAAUGGAGUGCUUGUUAGCAGCAGUGUUCGCACAUCUACGGACAGCGCAUUCGAGGAGAGAAAGAAUUCCUGUCGGUAAGCAAAAAUGAGCGAGUAAUCUUGUUUUUCUGGUAUUUUUUGAGCCGAAAUUUUGAGCUUUUACGGUUCAUCGACAUUCUUUUGCUCCUGUCGAGGGAAGAACUUGACUUCUCUGGAUAUUUUUUUAGCAAACAUGACGCAAUUUUUGCCUGAAACGUCAUCAAAAAUCUUGUUUUUAAUCCUGUAAUGAUUUCAGCAAACGCUACCCAUUUCUGAGCUUUGCCCCUCGGGCAAUGUCCCGUUCGUAACCCGACCAAAAGCAUCAUCAAUCCCAACGCAACUCAACAUUCAAGUGCCUCAACGUGAUGUGCAAAUAACAAGCAUCCGCAAAUACCAAAAAUUGCAUUGUAAUUACGUUUUUCAACGCAUCUUUCAACGGGAUUUCCAAAAAAAUCUUUCCUCAAAUCUCCACGAAACUUUUGAUUUUUUCAUUUUUGCGUUCUUUUCUCGAAUAUUUUUCAAAUCUGGGUAAAUUUGGCCAUAAAAAAGUGUUAUUAUUGCUGCUCUCUAUGUCUAUAUCCGCACAUAAUCCUAUACAAAUCGAAUUCGUUUGCGCUCAAUCGUCGUGUUAUUUGUUCUAGUCACAACUCUCCGCUGUCAGGUUAUGCCAUCUUGCAGUAUUAUCGUUUAUAUGUUGUAAACCUCUUUUUUUUGUUACGAUUUUUUCAAAGCAUGAAUAAAUGAAUUUAUUUUGAGAUUUUUUGAAAUCUUGAUUUUUACGAGAAAAAUUUUAAAAAAUCAAAAAUUUGCAUACUUCCUCAAAAAUUUGCAUAAUUCCUCAAAAAUUUGCAUAAUUUGGGGAGAAAUUUGAAUAAAUAUCCCAGACAUUGAAAGCGGCUACAAAUUUUCAAAUCUCUGGGCAUUUAUCCGCGUUUGUCGUGCGCUGAGCAGUCGUGUUCCCGAGUUAAGUUCGUCUAUUCCGUGGUUUUGGGAAGCAAGUGACCUGACGACGUCAGCCAGCUGUCUGGAGGGAAUUCUGAAUCCGCAGAGCCACUUCAGUAAGUAUAUACAUAUUUAGGAAUAUUUUACCCAUUCCUGAGAUUUUUUAGCCACGGGGGAAAACUUGACUCUUCAGGGUAAAUUUGGAUUGUGUUUUUCUGGGUAUGCAUACCAAAAACCUAGGCCUGAUUUUUAGGGUAUUCUACUACCCUGUUUUUCAUAUUUCUGUGUGAGAGCAACACUUGAUCCAUGUGGUGAAUUUGGGUCAAGUAUUUCUGUUGUCAUGGAAUGUCAUAAAAUGGAGCCGAAAGUAAACAUAAUAUACCUUACAUGUUUUAAUGGCACUCUCUAUAAAAAAUCUAAUUAAAUAAUCAACAAUGAGUCAAGUCUUGCUCUUAUUCCAACCAAAAGCAAACAGUUGAAUUUUCAGAAAAAGAUGGCUCAAUUGCAACCAUUCACGGAGCCCGAGACUCCUUGGCUAGACUCCAUUAUCCAACGCAUGGAGUCGCUUUACAAUUCGCUCGACAAGAACAUCUGCAAUGUGGUGACCUGCGACGAAAUCCUCGCGAUUCUGGCAUUCGUCACCAAGAUCAUCAACCAAGAAGGCUCUCUGGUCGAGGUGGAGGUCCCAAUCAAGGUGAUUGGCGACAUUCACGGGCAGUAUCAGGACCUGCACAGGUUGUUUGACAUGAUUGGACGUGUUCCGGAGCAACGUUUCCUUUUCCUGGGGGACUAUGUUGAUCGAGGACCGCAAAUGCUGGAGACGAUUGUGUAUUUGUUGGCGUUGAAGUUGAGACACCGCGACCGGAUCUUCUUGCUUCGAGGAAAUCACGAAACGCCGGCUGUCAAUCGUAUCUACGGGUUCUACGAAGAGUGCAUGCGGAAAUAUGGGUAAGUUGAGGGACUCAAAGAUUGUUGAAUGCCUCACUUUCUUUGCAAAGCAUUAACUAACCAUUCUGUCGUAUAAAAUCUUAUUUACCCCCGUUUCAGUGUCGGUCUCUGGUGGGAGUUCCAGACCGUCUUCAACCGCCUCCCCAUGGCCGGUCUCAUCUCCAAGCGCAUCCUCUGUAUGCACGGUGGUCUGUCGCCCGAGCUCACGUCCUUGGAUCAGAUCCGCAAUAUCCCCAGACCCUGUGAGCCUCAAGAUCGUGGAAUGCUGAUCGAUUUGUUGUGGUCUGACCCCACCAACAAGGGAGACGGAUGGUUCUACUCGCCUCGCGGUAUCUCUUACGCAUUUGGGAAAGGCGUCAUGGCCGCGGCUUGUAAGAUCCUCGGCAUUGACAUGGUGAUCCGAGCUCAUCAAGUGGUCCAAGACGGAUAUGAAAUUAUGGUCGGAGGACAGUUGAUCACCAUCUUCUCGGCUCCGAAUUAUUGCGCACAGUUCAACAAUGCCGCUGCUGUCGUUUGCAUCGAUGCUGAUCUGCAGGUGAGUAGAAAUUAUGGAGUUUUGCAGAUCGUAGGUUGAAAGAAAUACUUGACUCAAGAUGAUAAAAAUUUUGGCCUUGGGUCAAGUUUUUCUCUCAUUGAAAUUUGAUUUUUUUCAUGAAAAUACAACAUCUUUUACCAGGUCUCUUUCCAACAACUUCGCAUGGCCGCUCCGCCGAACUGUAACCGCCCGGCUCCUCCAAUUGCCUGUGAUCUGUCUGCUCCCAAGACUGCCGGGCUCCCGACCUUCAAAAUCCAGCCAUAUGGCUCCCUCCCACCUGAACAGCCGGCUCAAGAAUCCUCGACUGACGGCAACAAUAACGCGCAGCAGUAG